AAUACUUUAUAGUGAAUGUAUGUGUAACAUAUUGGGUGUAGCUAUAUCCAUUCUAUUCAUAUUUCACGACACUUUAAUACAAUUUAAUAUUUGACAGAUUAUUUUCUAAAAGAUAAUUAACUUUUGGCUCUUUUUUCACUCUCUGUUUGGUGAAUUUGAAACAGUAACAAAGAAAUAAAUGUGAAAGACGUAUCUACAUUAUUUAACACUCUUGUUCUGAAACUCCCGGUUAGAAAUACCGUGACUAUUUCCGGCGGAACAGAGCAGUGUUUUGGUCCUCUCGUGCUCAUGGCUGCUCACGGUAAAAACUUUAUCCGCGUGCGCCUCCACUUCGACUACCCGCCACCGGCUGUGGCGGGAUGCCGCAUGUGCUGGCUGCUCGCGGACCUGAACACCUGCCGGGUGGUGGCGGACCUGGAGAGCCUGAUCCGGGAGAAGUUCGGGUUCAGCCGCAGCAGCGUCCUGCAGCUCUUCCUCCAGGACUGCUACUUGCCGCACACCGAGAGCGUUUGUGUUGUGCGCGAUGACGACAGCCUCAGGGUGAAGGUGGACUCUCUGGCUCAUUUUAACGGCGACAGCAGCAGUCCGGAUGCAGCAAGUGAAAACUGCAAAAAGAGACAGAGACCCACAGAGGAGGAUUGUCCAGAAGAAAAGGCAGUGUGUGUGGAUCGGAAGAAAAAAAAGAGGAAAAAAAAGUGUGAGGAGAGCGUGGAGACCGAUACCAAGCAGGCUUCAGGAGAGGAGAAGAAUGGGAAGUCAGAAAUAAAACACAAGAAGAAGAAGAAGAAGAAUAAAAAGAAGGCAGAGGAAACCCCCAAAGCAGCUGAUUCUCCCCCCAAAACCCCAGCUAGUGUAGAGAAGCCAGCUAAAAGCAGCAAGAAGCCCCUAGCGACAAAACCAAAGAAGGUCUCCUCUUCAGACUCCAGCAGCAGCAGCGAGGACGAUGAAGCUGCCAAAAAACCAGCCGCCAUAAAACCCACACCCAAAACACCCACACCCAAAACACCCACACCCAAAACACCCACACCCAAAACACCCACACCCAAAACACCCACCCCCAAAGCACCCUCCUCCACUCCUACUGCUUCCAAGGCACCUCCAACCACCAAACCCCCCCAGACUAAACCACGCCCUCCUCCUUCAUCCUCUUCCGAGUGCUCCUCCUCUGAUGAGGCCCCCGCUGUGAAAAGCCUGCCCAAAACAACUUAUUUAACCUCCACAGCCCCCAAAGGAGCAAUAAGUAAAGACUCCAAGCCCCAGCUGGCCACCAACGGUGCACAGAAGCAGGUGGCGGUGCAAAAUCACCAUGACAACGCAGCGUCUUCUGACUCAGACAGUGAUGAUGAGAUCAAGCUGGUGAUCCGCCAGCCGGGGCCGCAGCCAGGCUUCGGUGGGGGCGGCAUGUCGCCCUGGAGAGGCCGCGGCAGGGGACACAUCGGGCGGGGGAGUCCUGUAGAGCAGGGCAGGGGACACAUCGGGCGGGGGAGUCCUGUAGAGCAGGGCAGGGGACACAUCGGGCGGGGGAGUCCUGUAGAGCAGGGCAGGGGUGGAGGACCAAGAGGCUUCAGAGGGUCCAGUUACAACGGAGCCAGAGAGCCGUCCUGCCACACUGACUCACUGACCAACCUGUCAGUGGUCCUCCAGAACGGAGCAAACGGAGCACAAGCUGCCCCCAAACGGGACUACAGCACCUUGCCUCUGCUGGCCGCCCCCCCCCAGCCAGGGCAGAAGAUCGCCUUCAAGUUACUAGAGCUAACAGAGAACUACACACCGGAGGUAUCAGAGUAUAAGGAAGGAAAGCUUGUGAGCUUUGACCCAACCACCAAACAGAUCGAGCUGGAACUUCUUUAUACCUAUCAAGCUCCUGUAGAGCCGGGCAAGUUUGACCUUGUGUAUCAGAACGCAGAUGGCUCUGAGAGCGUGGAGUACGCCGUGUCCAGAGGCUCUCAGGUGACAGAGCGCUGGGACUCCCUGCUGGAACCAAGGCUGAUCAUCUAAAAAUGGAUCAAGCUGUUUCUCUACUUAUUUUUUAUUUCAGGAUCCUUCAGCUUGACCUAAACUGGAGAGUCACUUCUGUGCAUUGUACAUGACGGCUAAGGAAUGUGAUAAAGGUUGAUUAUAUUCUCUUAGAUGUACUCCUCAAUAACUCAUUAUUUGCACAGAAAAGCUAGUGUAGGUGUAAGUAUUGAAAAGUGGAAUAUGUUUUGUAUUCAAUCUGGGUAAGAUAUGAAGUAUUGUGUUUUAAUAUGUUGGUGGAACGAGUGACUUCCAGGACAGAGACAUAAUGGUUUUAUGUUUUGUACAGUAUUGUGUUGAUAUCAGUCUUGUAUAAACCGUUUUUCUAAUAAAAUCCUUGGUCUUAUUGCAAUGUA